AUGUCCGCUCCUCCAGUCGCUGCGGCAUCUGCUGUAAAUGCUUCCAAAGCAGAACGCCCUUCCUCGGGCACUCGUAUGCCAUCGCUGAAUCAGUUGGCAGCCCGCAUUAACCUCAACGCCAACUCGAACCCUGCCUCAGCUGCUUCUCGCCCCCGUCUCGCUGCAGCUCUCCUCCGAACCAGCUCUCAGAGUUCGUUAUCGACAGCCGCAUCCACUUCAGACUCUGUUGCAGCCAACGCGCCUAGCUCGCGAUCUGUAUCACCCGCAAACUUGUCGACUUCUCCACCAGGGAGUGUAUCCACUACGCCAAGCCAGAAUGAUACCGAUCCAGGCGAGCAGCUCACGACCGAGCGACUUGAUAAACUGAAUAAGGAGUCGGAGAAGAAGGAGAAGAUGCCUAUGGGAUAUAAGAAUAUCCCCAGUCUCGACGCCAUUACGGCUCGUCUGGCUAAGGCGCGCACUCUCAGUGUGGACGGCACUGCAAAGCCCCCUGAGGCAGAGACGAUUGAGGACCCGAAAACCCCCGGUUUGCGCAUUAAGGCGCCCGAGCACCCUCUUGAACAUACAUGGUAUGCACUUUUCUUAUCUGUUAAUGUUAUAUCUGCGUGUUCUUUAUAUGCCAUCUUUUUCACGACAUGA